AUGGAAUAUCUAGCCAUUUCUGUAUUAUUGUUGCUGAUCAUUGUGAUCUUAAGCGAAGCGGCAAGGACGAUAACCUCGACAUUCGUCACCAGAAAAGAUUCUGCCGCAUAUCUGUUUGAAAUAAUUUCAACAUUUCAGCUAUGUGCCUGCACCCAUGAACUCAAACUCCUCGGCGAGGUGGGCCAAAUAGACCCGCAGAUAGGACUGACCCUAACGUACAUAAUUGGCGUGGUCCACGGACUAACAUUUCGUGGAGCUAUUUGUAAUCCAUCCGGUGCACUUGAACGCGUUUACCGUGGAAACCUCACCGGCAAGGGUGCUUUGGCACGGAUCGCAUUGCAAUUUAUCGUAGCAGUAGUUGCACGUUUGGUGGCACUAGAAGUCUGGGCUCUGGAACUCUCAGACUUGCACCUCAAGCACAAAUCACUGGGAUUCAAAUGCAAUAAUCCAAUUCACACCGUCCUGCCUAAAGCAGUUGUUGUGGAAUUGGCGUGCGCGUUUGCCAUGCAAACAGCUGUCACUCACGUGAACAGACUGGACGAAAAAUACAGAGUUCAUUUCAUUGCCGCUGUGAUCACAGUCUUGGUUUACGCAGGAGGCAACGCUACUGGAGCCGUGUUUAACCCAGUACUGGCGUUCUCCACCCAGUUCCCCUGUAGCGGAAACACAUUUCUGGAGUAUUCCCUUGUAUACUUCGUGGGACCCAUUUUGGGUGUUGCCAUCUCCGUGCUGCUCUUUGACAAAAUCAUCCCACGGUUUAUGUACGAGAGGGGCGCAGACUUCGCUGGCAUCACGGAGAAGAUCAAGGAGAAGACCGCUUGA